AUGGGACAUCAAAAGUCAAAAUUCUCCAAUGAUCAAACAAGAGGGAAAGAGUUUACAACAUUAACAUCAAGUCAAAGUCAGUAUAUAUGUCGACAUACAAAUUUAGUUGACAACGAAGUUUAUCGACGACAUCAUGAAUUUUUAAAAAUUUGUAAAGAUGGACAAUUGAUGAAAGAACAAUUCACAAGUAUUUUACAAGAAAUUUGGCCUACUGGAAACGUUCAUAACUUUUCUAAUUAUCUAUUUAAGUUGUGUGAUAAAGAUCAAAAAGGAUUUCUUGAAUUUACCGAAUUUAUUAUUCUUAAUUGUCAAUUGAAUAAUGAUAAAUCGUAUCUUGGCUUUUUGUUUGAUAUGUUUGAUACUCGUCACCAAGGUUCACUUCCUCUGGAACAGAUUGAACUACUCUUCGCAUCUUUGUUCGAACUUAUUGGACAUCCGACAGAUGAACAAUGUGGUGCUAACAUCUCUCAACGACAAAUUGUUCAUUUACUUCAAGUAGUUGAUGAAAGUAAGAGCAAGUGUUUAUCACGUGAUCAAUUUAUGAACAUUGGAAAUACCAACUGGACAGAUGAAGAGAAUGGCAUUGGUACUUUACUUAUAGAACAUUCCUGUUGA